AUGUCGCCUAUAACCAAGAAAAGAAAGAUCGGCGAAGUCGAACGUAUAGCCUACCUGGACCACUUCAGAGAUCUUUAUGAGCUCCGCGAAAUAUUCAGUCGCAUGAUAGACGAAGGCACAUGCGGUAUCUGCUCCGCACUCCUGCUCAGGACGCAUACCACUGAAUGCGGACACAGCUUUUGCAUCAAGGUUGAAACCAUCCCACCAACUCCCCCCUUGCUUAUCCUCCCUCGCUCUAUUGUGAUAGAGAAGAUUCUCGGGCACCUAAAGCAAUGGGACGUCAAAGUGAAGGCUCGAGAUGACGCAGCUUGCGCGGCUGGCAAAAAGAUCGAGAUAGACAGCGCGUGGCGGAGGACAGUCUACGAGGUCGCAUCCUUCCAAGAGGACGGUGAUGAGCCAGUGGAAGACUCAAGCUGGGAUUCGGAACGCUCUUCGGAGGCAGAAUCAGACUGGGAAGAAGACGAAGAGUGA